CAAAUUCAAUCAAGUAACAUUUUUAACCCUCUUUUGGUUGCAAAAUUUCCUUUCAACGAUAAUAUUGUCUCAAAUUAAAACCCGUAUAAACAAUCUUACUGAUGGAAGUAAUUCUUGGUGCAUUUGUUACUGUGUUGUUUGAAAAGCUGGCAUCUGCUGACUUGAUCAGGCUUGCUCGAUCAGCAGGUAUCUAUUCUGAACUCAACAGAUGGAACGACAAAUUGCUACAGAUCCAAGCUGUCUUUGUUGAUGAAGGCCACAAGCACUUAAGACAGACAUCUGUUCAAUUGUGGCUUAAUAAACUCCAACAUUUGGCAUAUGAUAUUGAUGAUGUUCUUGAUGACUUGACCACUGAAGCUGCACGGCGCCAGAUGACUGAAGCCAGUAACAGCACUAGUAAGCUAUUGAACAUCGUUCCAACCAAAUUUCAUGCUUGUAAAUAUGGUCGUAAGAUGGGUGCUAAGCUAGAUGAGAUUACAUCCAAACUGCAUGCUCUUGUUGAGGAGAAAAAUAUGUUGGGUUUGAUUGAUAAUUUUGGAAGGUCAAAUACAAAAAUCAAAAGAUUGGAAGAAACUUCACUGGUUGAUGUACCCAGCAUUGUGGGUCGGGAAGGGGAUAAAGAGCUACUGUUGGGGAAGCUGUUGGGAAAUGAACCAUGUAGUCGAAAUUUCAGCGUCAUGUCCAUAGUUGGUAUGGGUGGGGUAGGCAAAACCACUCUUGCACAAACCUUGUACAACGAUAAGAAAGUGAAAGAUCACUUUGAAGCCAUGUCCUGGUAUUGUAUCUCUGAUGAGUUCAAUGUAUUUAAAAUUUGCAAGGCUAUUUUUAAAGAUGUGGGCGGGGAUGACCAAAUAUUUGAGACCUUAAAUCAGCUGCAGGUGGCCCUCGCAGAAAAACUUUCAAAGAAAAGGUUCCUAAUUGUGCUAGAUGAUGUUUGGAGUGAAAACCAUAAUGAGUGGGAACUCUUGCAACGCCCUUUUUCCGUAGCGGCACCUGGAAGUAAAGUUAUUGUAACAACACGUAAGACCACAGCAGCACCGAUAAGGGACUCUAUUCAAGCUUAUCCUUUGGAGGUUUUGUCAAACUUAGAAGCUCUAUCUUUGUUUGCUCAACAUGCACUGGGCAAACAAAAUUUUGAUUCACAUCAGACGCUUAAAUUGUAUGGAGAAGGUAUCGUGAAGAAAUGUGGUCGAUUACCUUUGGCGUUGAUAACACUUGGAAGGGUGUUAAGAACAAAAAGAAAUGAAGAAGAAUGGGAGGAGCUGUUGAAUAGUGAGAUAUGGAACUUACGGAAUGAAGGUAGUGAUAUUCUUCCGGCCCUAAGAUUAAGCUACUAUGAUCUCCCUCCGCAUUUGAAGCAAAUGUUUGCCUAUUGCUGCUUAUUUCCUAAGGAUUACAAGUUUGGCAAGAACGAAUUAGUCCUGCUUUGGAUGGCAGAAGGCUUUUUGUACCAGUCAAAUGGCAGCAUGACAAUGGAGAAUUUAGGCCGUGAGUGUUUCGAAGAGCUGGUUUCAAGAUCAUUUUUUCAACACUCAACUAAUAAUACAUCACAAUAUACAAUGCACGAUCUUAUACAUGACCUGGCAGUAACUGUUGCAGAAGAGUACUUUUUUAUGUUGGGCGAGAAGAUGGAUGUUGGCGGAAGAAAUGAAGCUUUGGAGAAGCUCCGCCACUUUUCUUAUAUAUUUCAUAAGUAUGGAGUAUACAGCAAGUUCAAGGCACUAUACAGAGCCAGGCGCCUACGAACAUUCUUACCAGUGUCUAUAAAUAUAGACAGACGACAAAUUUUCUAUUUAUCGAGCAAGGUCCUUACAGAGCUACUUCCCCAAUUACAAUUUUUAAGGGUGCUAAGCCUAGCUAAUUAUGAAAUCACAGUUGUGCCAGAGUCCAUUGGCGGUCUCAAACAUUUGCGGUACCUCAACUUUUCUAAAACGGCCAUCACAUGUUUACCGGAACAAGUUAGUAACUUGUACAAUUUACAAAGCUUGUUGCUUUAUGGUUGUCAGAGGUUAUCUAGCUUGCCAGACAGUCUUAAAAAGCUGAUAAACCUGCGACAUCUUGAGAUCAUAGAUACUCCACAGUUAAAAGAGUUGCCCGUGGGGAUUGGUAAAUUGACUAGUCUACAAACUCUAUCCAAAGUUAUUAUUGGAGAUACUAAUGGUUUCAAAAUAUCUCAUCUUAAGGACCUACAGCAUCUUCAAGGCCGACUUACCAUUGAAGGACUGCACAAACUCACAAAUUCAACUGACGCAAAUGAAACCAAUUUACAUCAAAAGAAGGGUCUUCGUGACUUGGAGAUGGACUGGAGUGACGUCUUUGAUGAUUCUCGGAAUGAGUUGAUUGAGUCUAAAGUGCUUGAAGGACUAAGGCCUUUUGAGAAGUUGACCCACAUCAAGAUAUCGAACUACAUUGGAACAAAAUUUUCUAAUUGGCUUGGGGAUCCCACAUACGAUUGCUUAACCCAGAUUACAUUACGUGGCUGUAGAAGUUGUACAUGCUUACCAACACUUGGACAUCUGCCAUCACUUCAAAAGUUGUUUGUUGAAAGCAUGAAGAGAUUGAAGAGAGUGGGUUCAGAGUUACUUGGAACUGCAAAUGGUAAUACAUUUCCAGCACUUGAAGUUUUGAAAUUUGAGAAUAUGGAAGGUUGGGAGGAAUGGUCAACUAUAAAUGGUGGUGCCAUAGAUGGAACUGCUACAUCAUUUCCUUGUCUUAAUGAGAUUUCUAUUAAAAACUGUCCGAAAUUGAGAGUAUUGACAAUUGAGCCAAUACAUUCCGUUCGGGUUCUACAUGUAGAGAGAUGUUUAGCAGUGGCGUUAAAAAGCAUGAUCGGCGUGUCUCCAACAAUUACUAGAUUGACAAUGAGGGAAAUUAAUGGACUUACUACUCAGUUAGAUGGAGAAGUACUAGAGAAUCUUCGGGCAGUAGAAUAUCUAAACAUUUCAAGGUGUGACAGACUCAUAUACUUGUGGGAGUCAGAAGAAGAAGCAUGUAAUGUUCUUGUGAAUUUACAGGAGUUGGAAGUGAGGGGGUGUAAGAAUUUGGUAAGAAUGGGAGAGAAAAAGAUGGAUUUGGUGAUUAGCAUGGAUCAUCUUAGAAGAGCGAGUCUUAAUAAUUGUAAGAGAUUGGAGAGUUACCAUUGUGGUUCAACUAGUAUUGAGAGGAUCGAGAUAUCCGCUUGUUGUUCGAUGAAAUCAUUGACCUUCCCAGCGCUGGAUAAUCAUGACUUCUCAUCAACUUUGAAGAGUGUUGGAAUUAGGUACUGUAAAAAUGUGGAGGUAAAUUGGCUUGUCAACAACUUCUUGUCUUCACUUACAUCUCUUGAUAUAAGUGGAAUGCCAAAUUUAAGUUUGUUACCAGAAGGAUGCUUACUUAAUCUCACCCAAUUGAGUAUUAGGAGUUGUGAAAGUAUAGAAUCCAUUCCAGAGAAAGGUUAUGGUUUUCUUCCCCGUCUUUGUCUAAGUGUUCUUCAGAUAGUUGAUUGCAAGAAUAUGAAGUCAUUUCCACAUGAGCAAUUGCAAAGUCUCACAUCAAUGGAAGAGAUGUGGAUAUGGGGUUGUACAAGCAUGGACUACUCAUUUCCUGGUGGUUUGUGGCCUCCCAAUUUAAGUAAGUUAUCUAUAGGAGGAUUAAAGAAGCCGAUGUCAGAGUGGGAGAUACAGAACUUUCCAAACUCACUUGUGUGCUUAGUGUUAGAUGGUGAAAAUUCAGGAGUGGUUUCAUUUGCAAAUGCAGAAAAUAAUAGUAGCAGCAGGAUUACAACUACUUCCUUUUCAUCAUCGUCAUCAUGUUCUUUCUUACUUCCAAUGUCUCUAACAUGGCUAUAUAUAGAGAAUUUUAAGGAAUUGGAAACAGUUUCAAAAGGAAUGGAACACCUCACCUCCCUUGAACGUCUUUAUAUCGAUAAUUGUCAGAAGCUAAGAGAUUUGCCAGAGACACUACUCCCUUCUCUUUCAAGUUUGUCUGUGCAUUCUCCUUCCCGGGAACUGAGAAAAAAGUGUAGGAGUGAUAGAAGAAGAGGAAAAGGGAAGUACUGGCCGAUCAUCUCCCAAAUCCCUGAUCAUUAUAUCGGUUGAUAAAAAAAAUAAUGAUCAGGAAAGUACUGCCCAUCAAGAUUUUAUUUUUAUUGGAAAAACAGAACAAUAAUACUCGGUGUUAAUUAGUGGGUUUGAUUCUUUCAAUUCUUUUUAUUUCAUUUGUAUAACUGAAAUUGGGUUUGGUUUUAAUAAGUUUUUGCAUUAGGGAGGUUUGCGUUUGCAGGUAGCCCUCACCCUCAAGGCACCUUAAUUUUUUAGCCAUGGACAUGACCGAUGGAAGAAGAUUUUAUUUUUUGGUUGACAAUGUUAUUGUUGCAUAUGGUGUUUUCUGUGUGGGUCUUGAACCACAAAGACAGUUUACAUACAGAAAAGAAUUCAAGUAAACUAAUGGAAUUUAUUCAUGGUUACUGGAUCAA